AUGUCGAGCCGCCGUUCUAUGCUCGGGUCGGCCUUAGACACUCUGCCGGCUCCUUCGGAUCCUCUUCGUGAUUUAUUCGAAGCUUGCAAAGUUGGUGAUGUAGCUCGAGUUAAAAAGUUAAUUACACCACAAACAGUUAACGCUAGGGAUACUGCUGGACGUAAAUCUACCCCUCUGCAUUUCGCUGCAGGUUAUGGACGAAGGGAAGUGGUAGAGAUACUAAUAGCAGGUGGUGCAGCCCUACAAGCUCGUGAUGAGGGGGGACUUCAGCCAUUACAUAAUGCAUGCUCCUUCGGUCAUGCAGAUGUAGUGAGAGCUUUGCUAUCUGCUGGGGCUCCACCAGCGGCUCGUGAUAACUGGGGGUACACACCGUUGCAUGAAGCUGCUGCGAAGGGGAAAGUGGAUGUUUGUAUCGCACUCCUCCAGCACGGCGCCGAUCCGAACAUAAGAAACACAGAAGGCAAAACACCACUAGAUCUAGCGGACUCUACUACCAGGCCUGUUUUAACAGGUGAAUACUGUGCAGCAGACGUGCUAGAAGCAGCUCGAUCAGGAGCAGACGAGCGUCUGGCUUCCCUCCUCACCCCUCUCAACGUGAACGUGCACGCCAGCGAUGGGAGACGCUCUACGGCUCUGCAUCUUGCUGCAGGGUACAAUAGAGCAAGAGCAGUGCGGCUGCUGCUGCAGAGAGGGGCGGAUGUCCAUGCCAAGGAUAAGGGCGGUCUGGUCCCUCUCCACAACGCGUGCUCGUACGGGCACUACGAGGUGACGGAGCUGCUGGUGCGCGCGGGCGCCGACGUCAACGCCACCGACCUGUGGGCCUUCACGCCGCUGCACGAGGCCGCCAGCAAGGCGAGGCUCGAGGUGUGUUCUCUGCUGCUGAGCGAGGGCGCGGACCCCACACUCCUCAACUGCCACGGCAAGUCCGCGCUGGACGUGGCGCCCACGCGCGAGCUGCGCGACCGGCUCGCCUUCGAAUACCGCGGACAUUGUUUAUUAGAAGCGUGCCGGCUCGCGGAGCCCGCUAGAGUCAAGAAACAGUUGUCAUCCCUAGGACAACAAGAGCCGCCGGCGGCGGGCGCGGGCGCGGGCGCGGCGACGGCGGGGUGCGCGGAGCUGGCCAACUUCGCGCACCCGGAGUCGGGCGAGCGCGCGCUGCACUGCGCCGCCGCCAGCAUAUACCCCAAGCGGAAACAGGUAAUGGAGAUCCUCAUCCGCAAGGGUGCGAGGGUGAACGAGAAGAACAAGGACGGACAGACGCCCCUGCACGUCGCCACCGACCACGCGCAUCUCGAUGCCAUGGAUUUGCUGCUGAGGCAUGGCGCGAAGGUGAACGCGUGCGACGCGCGCGGCGCCAGCGCGCUGUCGCUGGCCGCGCGCCGCGACUCCGCCGCCGCCUGCCGCCUGCUGCUGGCGUGCGGCGCGCACGCGCCCGACGCGCGCCCCGACGCCGACGGUCAGUCACUCACACUCACUCAUUCAUUCAUUCACUCACUCACUCAUUCACUCGUGUGCUCUAUUUAUUUAUUUAAGUUCACCAGUGAUAAU